GGCAGCAUCACAGUGGGUGCUGUAUAUAAGGGCCACGCAUUUCUAGGCCUAGCACAGUGCCUCCUAAGCCUCGUGGCUCCUCGGAACACACACCCACUUUCAGCACUUUCAGCUUUCCUGAAACGAAGAUCCCGUCAGCAGCCAUGACGACCACUAUCACGACCGGAGUGUUGGCAGGGACCGCAGGCGGCGCAGGACUCGCCGGCCUGGCCGUCGCAGGAGCUGUAGGAUUGGGUGUCCUGGGCUUGGCCGCCCUUGCCUCCAGAGGCGGAGGACGCAGGAAUCGCGGGGGCAGGAGGAGGGGGCACCGCCGGGGGCGUCGCUCCACUGUGGAGGACGACGACGACUGGAGGAUGCAGAACGCCCUCGAGUUGGUGCGAGCGGAGGACGUGACAGGAUGCGGCAUGAGGCUGGUGUGCGAACUGGCCAGCCAGGAGGAGGAGGAUCUGGUGCAGGAGGAGCUGGCCAUCCUGGCACUGCUCGGACCCGACGUGAAGCCCGGUGAGGGAGUCCUUCCCCCCGGGGGCGCCAGGGGAGAGUACCUGCAGGCCAGGAGCUUCGGCGGGCGAGGCGGGGACUGCGGCGCCGCCUUCCUCAUGUGUCCACUCAACGGCACACAGCUCAUGGACACCGUCAUGGCCUAUUUACCUUGAGACAAGCUGCCUUUCCAUUUGUCUGCACCGGCGUCUCUCAGGAACAGUCUGCAGAAUUAAUGCUUUGAAUUGCCAAGGCCCUCUCACCGUGUAUAUCAUGAGGACUUUUUACAAUUAUUUCAUUUAAUUGUCACCAAAGACCCAAAUUUUC